CCUUGCCCUACUACGUCACAUCCGCUCUAGCAAUUCCGAACUGGAACCCGCGCGAUGAAGAGUGCGUUUGUGACCGUCGGGACCACCAGUUUCGACGACCUCGUCGUCUGCGUGACUGCCCGCGACAACCUUCAGAUCCUCAAGAGUCUUGGUUACAACCGACUUGUCCUUCAAAUUGGUAGAGGCACAGUAGUCCCUGAACCAUUCAGUACUGAGUCAUUCACUCUGGAUGUUUACAGGUAUAAGGAUUCUUUGAAAGAAGACCUUCAGCAAGCAGAUCUCAUCAUCAGCCACGCAGGUGCAGGAAGCUGUUUGGAGAGUCUGGAAAAAGGCAAACCACUUGUGGUAGUUGUAAAUGAAAAGUUAAUGAACAAUCAUCAAUUUGAAUUAGCAAAGCAGUUGCACAAAGAAGGAUAUCUCUUCUAUUGUACUUGCAGGGUCCUGUCUUGUCCUGCACCAGUCAGCCUCUUGCUUGUGCUUCUGGGAAGUGCCAAGAUUCUGCAGCUGCCUCAACUUCCUUCUGCCUAGACCUUGAGCUGCUUCGGAUACCUGCCUACACAAGUUCCAGCAUUUGUCUCCACUGCCUCUUCCCUGCGUUCUGUGUUUUCUUCCUUUUGAUCCCUCUGUUCCCUUCUCUUCAUCCCAUGCACAAUGCAUAAAGGAUGGAAAAAGUACUGCGGCCAGAAGUCUUUGAAUGAGGCAACAAUGGAUGAAUAUUUAGGCAGUUUAGGGCUGUUUCGAAAGGUGAUUGCCAAGGAUGCCUCUUGCCUCUUUCGGGCUAUUUCCGAGCAGUUGUUUUACAGCCAGAUCCAUCACUUACACAUCAGGAGAGUUUGUGUCUCAUAUAUGAAGGAAAAUCAACAAGCCUUUGAGUCUUCUGUGGAGGGAUCUUUUGAGAAAUAUCUGGAACGUUUGGGAGAUCCUAAGGAGACUGCUGGCCAACUGGAACUAAGAGCUCUUUCUCUAAUUUAUAGUCGAGAUUUCAUUCUUUAUCGGUAUCCUGGAAAGCCACCAACUCAUGUCACAGAUAAUGGCUUUGAAGACAAGAUUCUUCUCUGUUACUCAAAUAAUGGUCAUUAUGAUUCUGUAUAUUCAAAAGAAUUUCAAUCAACUGCAGGAAUUUGUCAAGCUAUAUUAUAUGAAAUGCUUUAUAAAGAUGUAUUUGUUGUGGAUGAAGAGACAUUGAAAACUGCAGUUGAUUUGUUUCGAAGUGGUUCCAGGAGAAACAGACACAAUGCUUUGACUGGAAAUGUAGAAGGCAGUACUGAUCAGAAGAGGUCAACCCACAAUAGAAUUGAAGAGUUUGGUGCCUGUUCCAGUGUUGAAAGUACACCCGAAGGCAGUAAGGAAGGAACAGAACUAAAGUUUCCAGAAAAUCCACCAAAAAUGCUCUUUCCUUAUAAGGUGCUAAAAGCUCUGGAUCCAGAAAUCUAUCGCAAUAUAGAAUUUGAUGCUUGGUUGGACAGUAGAAAAGAACUUCAAAAGUCAGAUUGCAUGGAAUAUGCUGGAAGACAUUACUGUUUAGGAGACAAGUGUCAGGUUUGCUUGGAACCAAACGGAAAAUAUUAUAAUGCUCACAUUCAAGAAAUUGAAAAUGAUAAAAACUCAGUAGUAGUUUUUGUUGAGGAAUUGGCAGAAAGGCAUGCGAUUCCUCUGGCCAAUGUAAAACCAGUCAACCAAGUAGCAAUUCUUCCGCCCUGGAAUGCUAUACCAAUUCGUAAAGGAAGAGGUUACCAAACUUUAAGUGGAGGCUAUUUCCCUGAAAUGGUUAUGACAGAGAUGAGCAUGAAGCAACGGAAGAAGAUGUUCAAGAAAGUUCAAGGAAAAGAGGUUUAUAUGACCAUGGCAUAUAGUAGGGGUGACCCCCUUGUCCCAUCCAGGAUUCAGCAUAAUAUGCAUUAUGGGCAUGACCCACUAUUGUACUACUCUCAGACAGCUGGUCAUAUUAUGUCUAGUGAGCAUUUCUACCCUCAAUAUUCAUCUCAAAGACAAGGUCGGGGAUAUGGGAUGUCCAGGGAUUCAUCUCACUUAAUAAAUAGGCAAAACAUGCCAAAUCCUAAAGUUGGGUUUUAUCCAGGCCAAGGUAGAAGGUGCUGCCAGAGCUAUGAUAAUGUCUCCUAUAAGUCUCGUUCCUUUAGGCGUAGCCACCGUCAGAUGCACUGCAUGAAUAAAGAAUGCCAGUAUGGUUUUCCUCCAGAGAACAGAGUGGAAGAAACUGUUACAUUUUAUGCACUUGAAGAAGGGAAUGAGACUGCUUAUUCAACUUUACCUAGAAAUGGUGGUCCCCCUACAAUGGUUCCUGUUACUUCAGGAUAUUGUGUUACAAGGCAGGGCUGUAACUCAUGCAAGCCAACUUUGAAUGCAGAAGAUAGCAAUGACCAAUGUGACAAUGGAGGAUAUCAUGGAAAUUAUCUUUAUUCUUCAGAACAAGACUAUGAAACUUCCAGUGUAUAUACCACAACUAUGUCUACAGCAAACCUGUCUCUCCAGCUUCAGGACGGUGGACCUCAAGACACAGUUACCUCAUAUAACAACCCCCAGAAGGUGUUAGACAAUUCUACUGCAAUUGCAGUUUCCUGGGACAGCCAUGUUCCAGUUCCAGUCUUAUCUAACAGUACAGCAGAUAACCAAGCUGUUAGUACCACUGAUGUUUCCUCACAGGAUGCCAUACAACCGGUCUUUGUACCUCCACAUACACAAGAUAGUUCAGCCUUUCUUCAGCCUGCUGCAGCAGCAGCAGUGGCAGUACCACUACCACCGCCUCCACUUCCUCUUCUUCCUCCUCUUGAAGCUGGAGAUGCUUCAGGCUUAUCUCUACCACUACCACCACCACCUUAUUCCUGUGAUCCAAGUGGAAGUGAUCUGCCCCAAGAUACAAAAGUUUUACAGUACUAUUUCAAUCUGGGAUUGCAGUGCUAUCAUCACAACUGCUGGCAUUCCAUGAUCUAUGUGCCACAUGUGCUGCAGCAGCAGCAGCAACAGCAGCAGCAGCAGCAGCCGCCACCACCACCGCCGCCGCUUCAAGUAGAGAAUUAUCCAGAUUAUACUGAGCAACCUCUGGUAGACCAAAGUGAUCCUCAUCUGUACAAUGAUGUAGCGAGAGCAGAUGACACACAGACAGAUAUAUCAACAAAUGAUACUUUUCCCAUUGCUGAUGCUGUGCCUGUCCCUCAAGGAACAGUAUAUUACCCAGUAAUGACAGAUCCCUAUGGGGUACCUUUGCCAGGAUUUGAGUCCUACAUUCCUGUAGCAUCAGAUUAUUCCAGUAUUGCCAUGUGGCAUCCAGUUGGUGCAGCAUAUGGUGCUUCUGCCCAAACCCAUGGUGCUAUAAAUUCUGGGCCAGUUGGAUAUAUGCUCUUACCUAACUCACCUCAUUAUACACCUCAGAAUUAAGAUUUAGCAAUAUGAAAUACUUUUUGCUGCCAGUUUUAUUGUUAUGGCUCAUAAUUGUCUUAUAUUAGUUCUUAAGAGGUUUAGUUGGUAAGAAUGGUCACUAUUGUGUGCCCUUUAAAUUAUUUUACUUUUGAAGUAAAAUAUUUCUUUAAGACAAAGGCAUAUUACUUUUUAUUAUGAAAAGAAAAUUGGAAUCAAUGCACUACUAGUCCAUAUGAUGAGCAAGUUCAUUGGAGACAGCUUGCUCUUAGCCAACUUCUUAACAUUGUAUUAUCUGAUGAUGCCAAUUGAUAAACGAAGGAAAACAUAUAAGCUAUUUUCUUAUGAUCACCUCUAUCAGCUAUUUAAAAUUGGUAUGAUUUCAAUAAAUUUAAACAGACAGAAAAAAACCCCCAACCAAACAAGAGCCUAUGCUCCUGGGUAUUUGUUUAUACUAAAUGAGAGUACUUGAGAUUUCUUUAAGAAUUGUCAGACUGAAUUGCAGACUGAUACUAAUCAGUUUUGAAGGCACAUGGUGUUCUGCUUUAUGUUUGCCACAUGCGGUAUUGUUUAAUACUGGAUUUACAUAACUGUCCUACUGCACAGUAUUAUAAUGUCCUUUGCACAAUUUGCAGUAAAUAAAAUCAGCAUUUAAAAUUGCCAAAACGAGUGGAGUUUUCUUUUUGUAACAAAGUGGGUGCCAGAUGUUUGAUUGUUUCAAUAUGUUUCCCCUGGCAUUGUAGUUAAAAAGAAUGAAUUUAUAGCUUGAAUUGGUGAGGAGUAGUUGCAAGGCCAUUUGAAAUGUUACUUGAUUUCAGCCCUAU